AUCAAAGAUGACUACUACAUUUCUCGUGAGCUUGGAAGCGGUGCAUGUGGUGUUGUGAGAUUAAUAUUUAACAAAAGGACAUGUGAUAAAUUUGCUAUGAAGCAGAUCAUCAAGAGUAAAGCAGAUGAUGAAAAGAAAUUAAACCAUCCUAAUCGUAUUAUGAAUGAAAUUAAUAUUAUGAAAAAAUUAGAUCAUCCAUUCAUAGUUAGUGUCUACAACAUUGUUGAAACUCCUGAAGCAGUAUUUUUGGUAUUGGAACUUAUGAAUGGAGGUGAUUUAUAUAAUAAAAUUAAAGAGUCAAAAUAUCUGAAAAAACCAAUUGUUAAGAAUAUUAUAUACCAAAUAGCUGUUGCUGUUAAUUACUUACUCGUACAUCGGCAGAACAUUACACAUAGAGAUUUAAAACCUGAGAAUAUUCCAGUAAGUAAAAUUGUUGAAGGUAACACAGUGUUAAAAACUGAAUGUGGUACUGCAUGGUAUGUUGCUCCCGAAGUGAUAUUAAAGAAUUAUAAAACUUAUACUGAAAAAGUUGAUGUUUGGAGUCUAGGUGUAAUAUUAUUUGUUUGUCUUUGUGGAUGCUUACCCUUCUCAGCAGCUGAUCAAAUUUGCAAAGGAAAAUACUCUUUCAAACAAUGUAUUUGGUCUUCGGUUAGUGCUGAAUGCAAAGAUUUAAUUUCUAAAAUGUUAAAAGUAGAUCCAAAAACUAGAUAUAGCAGUUCCGAAGUUCUUAAUCAUAAAUGGUUACAGGAUCCCGAUGUUAUUAAGCGUUACAAUAAUUUAUUAAAUCAGGAAAAUGAAAAACAGGAAAUUACUGUUUCUGAUUUGGAAGAUUCAAUAAAUGAACAUUGUAAUAAUUCUUGUCCUGAAAAUUGUCUAGAUAUAAUAGAACCACCUGCCAAACGUCAUCGAAGUCUACUUAUUUUUUAG